CCCGUCCGAUAUCGGCCGUGCCAAGGCGCGCUCCGGUCGCGGGCCCACCCUCAGGCGCCUUUUUCUUGGAAGGAGCGACUGGAGCGGGCCGCGUUUGAUCAAUCAUAUCAUAUCAAUCUGAUAAGAUGCUCAGGUCUAGCCCGCCUCGUUCUCUGCGCCAUGCCGCGUGCCAAGUCGCUUUGGAAGCUUUCUCAUCUGACAUUUUGUCUUCAAAAACCGCACACAUGCUCUGUCCAGACGGCUUGCCGCCCAUGCUAAGGCUUGGGUGCCGCCUUCUUCGACCUUGCGAAAGAGAACCCGGCGUCUUGGCUACGUGAUGCCAGCGAGCUCGGGUGACAGCUACAGUCCUCUGGACCAGCAGAGAUUUUCUAGCUCCUGUGAGCAAUUAUAGAUCCGAGAUGCCCUCGCAGGUGGCUCGCUGAAGCAGCGUCAGAAACGCUUUUGCAUCGUCCCUUACAUUCCUCCUCGUCAUCCCCAUCAUGCCUUUUCCGUUGCGCAAUCCUUUGAAACCCCAGAGUCCAGCUGGCCUUGGGCAUGAAGCCGUGCUUGAAACCGGCGAGUCCAAGCUUCCUCAGCCCAACGUUGAGCCUGCAAAGGAUAGCAACCUCGCUCAUGAGCAGUUGGACGGCCGCUCCCCUGACCCAGGGGCGCAAGGAGGUGUUAAGAAAGUCGAGGCCAUUACCCUGACUUGGACCCGUCCGGAGCUCGUCGUUGCAUACGUCUCGUUUUUUUUGCUGUACUUCGUCAACGCAUUCCAGGCUUCCAUCACCGCAAACUUGACAGCAUACGUUCUUAGCGGCUUUGAAUCGCACUCCCUGAUCCCCGUCAUCUACAUCGUCUCCAAUGUCAUGUCGGCUGCGACAUACCUACCAUUGGCCAAGAUUCUUGACUUAUGGGGUCGUGCCCAAGGGUUUUUCGCCAUGGCUAGUCUCGCGACCAUGGGCUUAAUCCUCAUGGCCACCACGUCCAACGUACAAACUUUCUGUGCUGCGCAGGUAUUCUAUUCCAUUGGGUUCACCGGGAUGAUUUUCAGCAUAGACGUAAUGACUGCGGAUUCUUCGAAGCUCAGGCAUCGUGGUCUGGCCUUCGCCUUUACCUCGUCGCCUUACAUCAUCACUGCUCUUGCAGGCCCGAAGGCUGCUGAAGGCUUCUACGAGAAUAUUUCGUGGCGCUGGGCAUUUGGCUGCUUUUCCAUCAUUCUACCAUUCGUUGCAACCCCGCUUUUUUUGCUCCUCUUGCGAAACGAGCGCAAGGCUAAGAAGAACGGAUUGCUUGUCAAAGAAAAAAGUGGAAGAACCCUUGUGGAAAGCGUUUGGCACUAUGUCAUCGAGUUCGAUGGGAUCGGCGUUUUCCUCCUCGCAGCGGGGCUUGUCAUCUUCUUGCUACCGUUUUCGCUCGCUGACUACACCGCUGAGAGUUGGAAACGAGCGUCUACGAUAUCAAUGUUGGUCAUUGGUUUCCUGUUGUUGCUGACAUUCGUCAUCCACGAGAGAUUCUUUGCCUCCAAGCCAUUCAUCCCGUACCGAUUGCUGAUAUCGCGAACCAUUCUUGGCACUUGUAUCUUGGAUUCCACUUAUCAAAUCGCGUACUAUUGCUGGGGCUCUUACUUCUCCUCCUACUUGCAGGUCGUCAAUAAUCUCACAAUUACACAGGCAGGCUGGGUAACCGGCAUAUUCGAUAUCAUCGCUGGGUUGUGGCUUAUCUUUGUUGGAUUCCUCAUGAUGCGGACAGGAAGGUUCAAGUGGCUGCUUCUAAGUGCGGUUCCGCUCUACAUGCUCGGUGUUGGACUUCUCAUCUACUUCCGACGACCUCAUACAAACAUAGGCUAUAUUAUCAUGUGCCAGAUCUUCCUGGCUUUCUCCGGUUCGACCAUGAUUCUGUGCAUGCAAGUUUCAGUCAUGUCCGUGGCGGAACACGGAGAUAUUGCAGCAGUUUUGGCCAUCUUAGGUCUCUUCGGUUACAUUGGCGGGGCAAUUGGCAAUUCUAUCUCAGGUGCCAUUUGGACAAACACGCUACCGGUUCAACUGCAAAAACUACUACCGGAAUCUUGCUCUGCCGACUGGGAAACUAUCUACAACGACUUGACGGUUCAAUUGAGCUAUCCAAUGGAUGAUCCUUGCCGUGAAGCAAUUAUGCAGAGUUAUGGGGCUGCUCAAAGACGCAUGUUGAUUGCAGGAACUUCAAUCAUGUCGAUUGCCGUCGUUUGCGUGUUCUUAAUCAAGAAUGUUAAGAUCGAUCGUCAGCAGAUGAAGGGUGUCUUGUUUUAGGCGACAGAAGGGACACCAUGUUGUGGUGAACCUUCAGGACCUCAAUACUGGAGACGGGCUCGGUGACAAGUCAGAUAUUAGUUUAUUAAAGAGAAAAAGUUUCUUCA